AUGAUAUUGCUGCUGCUGCAGUUCCUGGCAGCGCUGCUGCUGCUGCAGCUGCUGCCACUGCUGUUGCUGUUGCUGUUCCUGCUAGUGCAGCUGCUGCCACUGUUGUUGCUGCAGGUGCAGCUGCUACCACUGUUGCCGCUGUUGUUGUUGGUGCAGCUACAGCAACAGUUCAUGUUAUUUGCUACUAGUGCAGCUUCUGACAAUGUUAUGGGUGUUGCUGCCGGUGCAGCUACUGCCACUGUUGUGGGUGUUGCUGAUGGUGCAGCUACAGCCACUGUUGUUCCUUUUGCUGCUGGUGCAGCUGCUACCACUGUUGCUGCUGUUGUUGCUGGUGCAGCUACAGCAACAGUUCAUGUUAUUGCUACUAGUGCAGCUUCUGACAAUGUUAUGGGUGUUGCUGCCGGUGCAGCUACUGCCACUGUUGUGGGUGUUGCUGAUGGUGCAGCUGCAGCCACUGUUGUUCCUUUUGCUGCUGGUGCAGCUGCAGCCACUGUUGCUGUUGCUGCUGGUGCAGCUGCAGCCACUGUUGUUGCUGUUGCUGCUGCAGCUGGUGGAGCUGCAGCCACUGUUGUUGGUGUUGCUGCUGGUGGAGCUGGAGCUGCUGUUCUUGCUGUUGCUGGUGGUGCAGCUGCUGCUAGCGUUGCUGUUGCUGCUGGUGCAGCUGUGGCCACUGUUGUUGCUGUUGCUGCUGCAGCUGGUGGAGCUGCAGCCACUGUUGUUGGUGUUGCUGCUGGUGGAGCUGGAGCUGCUGUUCUUGCUGUUGCUGGUGGUGCACCUGCUGCUAGUGUUGCGGUUGCUGCUGGUGCAGCUGUGGCCACUGUUGUUGCUUUUGUUGCUGUAUUACAGGAGAAGUUUGAAGUGUCACAGAUACCAGGAAAUUUCCUGCCAGCAUUGAUGUACAUUUCUGGUUAUGCUGUCUCGUACCAGCCGCUCGUGACGUCACACACAGCCGCCUUCGCUCUCGCACUGACGUCACGUACCGCCGCCACCACGGUCUCGCUGACCUCACCACAAGCGCGCGAAGCACAAACAUAUGCUGGCCGCAGACGGAACAUUUUCACCUCUCACGCCUACCGCGCUCUGCUCCUCAAGGAGGGCAACACAGAAAUUGCAGACGACAUAAUGAACGGGCCGACAUUCAUCCGCGGGCGCCCCAUGCGCAAAAGUACCAUUAGACCACAGCAUGCCAACGAUGCGCCGUCGACGGGCGCGCAGAAAACACAAAGGGACGCCAGUGCGAGCUAG